CUGACUAAACUUGCUAAGGAGAAAAAACUUUUCAACGGAGAUUAUGAAGCAAUCUCAAAGCUAAACUGCUUUUCUACUAAAUUUGUCUCCGAUAUUGAAGAACAAAAAGGUUACAAGGAUUAUCGAAGAACUUUUCAAAUUUUGCAAGAAAUUGGUGUUAAUAAAAUUAGCGAUAACGACUGCAUUCACGUUGCAUAUAUUUGUGAAGUGAUUAGCACUCGAGCGGCGUAUCUGACAGCAGCUGGUAUUUCAUGCAUUCUCAGUCGCAUGAAAAAAAAGUUUGUAACAGUAGGCAUCGAUGGGUCUGUUUAUCGUUUCCAUCCAAAAUUUGGCAAAGUUCUCGAUCGCAAAAUUAACGAUUUACUGCCCAGAAAUCUGGAUUACCAGCUGAUGCUGUCGGAAGAUGGAAGUGGCAAGGGGGCAGCUCUUGUCGCAGCUGUAGCAAGUCGAAUCAAGGCUGAACACCAAUAAUA